CUCGUCCUCACGCACGACCACCUCCUCUUCCUACGCGCGCUGCGUGCCCCUCGCCCUGCUCUUUCCACUGGGGUCGAUCCGCCGAGUGUCUAGCAAGCCAUCCGUUCAUGCAUGGCCUCACGCUCCCGCGAAUGCUGACCCCAGGGCCAGGCGAGCGAUGGCCUGCUGAUUGACCGGUUUUCGCAGAUCGACGCGCUCGACGUCCUAUGUGGCUCUCUUAGCAGUGCCAUCUGGGAGAGAUCCAGAACAGUAGGCAGAGUCCUUCCAGACUCGGAUGUCCCUGGAGGAAGCAACGGUCGACAGGGUUGUAUUUUGGCUAAGGAUCUGUGCCAGGCCUAGCAAUGCUGCGCCCGCUCUGCUACAAGACCUCAUUGAAAUCAUUGCGCGCCUGCCUCUACGGCGGGCCCUUCCUGCUCGCCCAGUGCUGCCUCGCAUGCCGCGCGUGACGAUAGGCAGCACCGCCGCUCUGCACGACUCCAUGCGGGUGCUCAUUUUCAAGCAGCACGAGCCGUCCUAUAGCUGCGCGCUCGGCGAACUCGAACACGCGGGCGCACACCUUCGCCGUGCGCGUUUGCGAGUGCCGCCUCCCGCGCUAGAGCACCUCACGGCACCGCACCCUGCCUCCUUCAGCUACGCCACACGCCCAAUGCCCGUUGCCCCGCCUGUCUCACCGUCGGUACCACUUCCAUCACGCAGGCUCGAAACUGCGGGACACGGAAGGAGCCUCCGCUACUCCAAGCAAGAACUUUGUGAGUUAUCACUCAUGGUCUCGCUCGGGCGCGACUAUCGCCCACUAGUUCUUCUCGCGGCGCGGCCGCAUCAGAUCCUCCUAGACGGUUUG